GAAACGGGGUGUGUUUUCAGAAGCUAGCUAAUAUAGAUUAGCAGCACACGAUCUGUACGGGUUUUUAUUGUAUUUAAAAAAUAAUAAUAAUAAUGACAUCUACCAUUGAUGAUAGCGAAAAAGAAAAGGCCCACUCUGUGUCUGUGGACCUAAACAACGACGCCUCUCUACUCAUCGACAUUCCUGAUGCACUCUGUGAACGAGACAAAGUCAAGUUCACUGUCCACACCAAGACCACCCUGAGCUCCUUCCAGAAGCCAGACAUCUCUGUUCCUAGGCAACAUGAGGACUUUAUCUGGCUCCAUGACACGCUGGUUGAAACUGAAGACUAUGCGGGGCUCAUUAUCCCUCCAGCCCCCCCGAAGCCAGACUUUGAGAGCCCCAGGGAGAAGAUGCAUAAACUGGGAGAGGGCGAAGCCACCAUGACCAAGGAGGAAUACACCAAAAUGAAGCAGGAGUUAGAGGCUGAGUACCUGGCUGUAUUCAAGAAGACCGUUCAAGUCCACGAAGUAUUCCUGCAGCGUCUAUCUUCUCACCCCAUCCUGAGCAAGGACAGAAACUUCCAGAUAUUCCUGGAGUAUGACCAGGAUCUGAGCGUACGGAGGAAAAGUGCCAAGGAGACGUUUGGGAGUUUCUUUAAGAACAUGGUGAAGAGUGCUGACGAAGUCAUCAUCUCAGGAAUAAAGGAAGUCGAUGAUUUCUUUGAGCAGGAGAAGACCUUCCUGCUUGAUUAUUCGUCCAAGAUCAAAGACUCCACUGCCAGGGCAGAGAAGAUGACCCGCUCCCACAAAAGUGUUGCUGAUGAUUACAUCCACAUCUCUUCUACUUUGAACAGUCUCUCUGUCGAUGAUAACACAGCACUUAAAAAGCACUUUGAGAAGUUAGCGGACCUGUUUGAGAAACUCCGGAAAGUGGAGGGUAGAGUGGCGUCGGACCAGGAGCUGAAGCUCACAGAGCUACUCCGGUACUACAUGAGGGACAUCCAGGCAGCCAAGGACCUGUUGUACAGACGGGCCAGGGCCCUGGCAGACUAUGAGAACAGUAACAAGGCUCUGGACAAGGCCCGGCUGAAGAGUAAAGGCGUUCCUCCAGCCGAGGAGCACCAACAACAGUGUCUGCAGAAGUUUAACACGCUUUCUGAGUCGGGAAAAAGAGAGCUGACCAGUUUUAAGGGCAGGAGAGUGGUGGCUUUCCGGAAGAAUCUAAUAGAGAUGGCUGAACUGGAGAUUAAGCAUGCUAAGAACAACAUGUCUCUGCUGCAGGGCUGCAUUGAGCUGUUCAAGAGCAGCUGAGCCACUGGUCUCUUACCAACCCUCCCAGACCACUGACCAGCCGGGCUUGGCGUCAGUCUGUUUCUGCUCUCUUGUCAACUCCUUAUGGAAUCGUCGUGCAGAACCGUGACUGGAGUAGGAAAAUCACAAACGGAUCUGGGACCAGGAUAUUGACCAGCAGGCUUUGAGAAGGGAAUCUGGAUUCCCCUUCUCUCCACAUGUCAAACUCAUUCCACGACGGAUUUUCGCUCCACCCUUGUACUUGAUUGAUGAAUUAAGGUCACUAAUUAGUAAAGAACUCCCCUCACCUGGAUGUCUAGGUCUUAAUUGAAAGAAAAAAACAAAAACCCACAGACACUGGGCCCUCAGUGGAAUGAGUUUGACACCCCUCUAGUCCCGGGGGAACCUGGAUAUCCAGGGCACACGUUUGAAUGAGUUUGACACCCCUCUACUCCCGGGGGAACCUGGAUAUCCAGGGCACACGUUUGAAUGAGUUUGACACCCCUCUACUCCCGGGGGAACCUGGAUAUCCAGGGCACACGUUUGAAUGAGUUUGACACCCCUCUACUCCCGGGGGAACCUGGAUAUCCAGGGCACACGUUUGAAAAACUUCCCUUUUGCAACGGAAAACAAAAAUAAACAUUUCUUAUUGGACAAGAUUAGAUAGUCCCUCCCCAUUUCACUAAUUUGCGGGGUGUUUCGUGCCUUGAACCCGAUCCUGGAUACCCCCUUCCUCCACCCCAAAAAUGCCACUUCAGAAACCUGCAUAUGUCUGUUUGACUGUUUCUGUCUGGAUGUUUAGUCUCUGUCCACCUGCCCCUCCGUGUCUCCUUCUACCCCCUCCGUGUCCCAUGGAACACUCCCCUUUAGUGAUGACAGCAUUCCAGAACAGGGAGAAUCCAGCAUCCUGCAGCAUCUUCUGACCUUCCUCCUCCAUCUGUUUUUCAAUCAUGGAUUAUCUGAAUCUUGGGUUAUCUGAAUUAUUUGUAUUGUGGAUGGAUUACUCUUGUUCUUGUAUUGGAUUCUCUAUUUGUAACAAUUAUGGACUUUUUGCCGGAUUGUGAUAAUGUUUAUAAUUGUUUUGGUUGCUUUUCAAGGCAUGCGCCCACUAACCCCGUUACGCCCUUCACUUGUACAUAUAAAGAAAGCCAGAAUUGAGGUUGAAUUUGGUCCUAGCAUAACAGUUGAACUAGGCAGAGUGGAGUAAUCUGGUGUUUUUAAUGGUGCAGGCAUAGCUAGCAAUAAUGGAAUAGUUAGGUUUUCUCAUUGCAACGCCACUUUAAACCACUCUCUCUAAUACUAGUCUGAAGAGUGACAGCUGAGCUCAGCUGCUGCCUCUCUGGUUUGUAAUGGAACCGUUUACAGGGUCCUAUUAGGCCACGCUGUAGCAAAAAUGUAUUUCAAUGGAAAACUAAAACAAUCGUUUCUUAUUGGACAAGUUCCGAUAGUCCCUUCUUGUUUUCCUUCCCGUUUGGUACCUUAGUGAAUAGGACCCAGAUGGGAGCAACUGUUUACAAAGAGGGUAUAAAGAGGGUAUAAAGUGGAUGGAAAAGGGGGGGGGGGAAAUACAAAUUUUGUGCCUAAAUAAAGGUUCUUGUGACUUCGUCAUGAUUGUCCACCCUUCUGCCAAAGUCUGAAACUUUCACACUCCCGUCAUGGAUUUAAAAGCAUUAGGUUGAUGUAAGCAUUGGCUGAAGGGAGUUUCCACCAUUGUUAAAUGCAUGACGGUGUAGUCUGGAAAUGCUCACUUUGGGAGAAGGGUGGAGAAUUGGGACUUGGCCUAAUACUCUCUCUCCAUUACCAUACUCUGAGAUUAGGCUGGGUUGAACUCGCUCAAACCGCCAAGUGAAGAGACAUACUCUUUUUCAUGAUUUAAGAAGUGUGUGGUAGUUUGUCCAACAGUGUGGUACCACACAGAAAUGCUUUGGCUGUACCUCAGGAAUGGCAACGUGGCUCUUUCCGCAUAUUCGUCUACAUUACUGCCAGUAAUAACUGGAGCCAAAUAAUGUUUUUGAUUUGAGACAUACAUAUAUUUUUGACAAGUUUAAUUCCACAUAAUAUGGACCAGUUGAUUUUAGUUUUUACUACAGACCAUGUCAGUGUCAGCACUGAUAGUUGUCAAAGUUUACUGCCGUACACAUGAUACUUAAGUGGUCCGUGUGCCCGGUCUAGACUAAGGAGUGACUAGUGAGUGCCAGGCAGCUAUGGUUUCUGUGCUAAGUGAGUCAAUAUUCAGUGGACUAGGCUGAGACCUUUGACACUGUCGGUGAAGUCCACCCAUAGUAGAGGACUGAAUGCAGUUGGUUCUAGUUAACAUUUUAAGCAAUAGACUUACAUGGCCAUUUUGGCUAUUGGAGAGUAACUCUGGUCCCAGCACUUAUUCAGAGGAGUGUGACUGAUGUGUGUGUGUGUACUUCAGCGUCAGCUUGUAGCUGUUGUCUAUGUCCCAAUUCUUUCACAUGCUUCCCUAAGUGUGCACUUGUUCACUUCCCUUCAUGGAUUUUAAAGGGACUGACUAGCGUAAGGAAAAUGGAGGAGACUCCUAUGCUUACACCAAUGAUCCAAUGCUUUCAAUUGUGUGUACAGGAUGAAUGUGCACUACCUAGAUAAGUAGGAUGUUCCUGUGCACUUCAUUGAUAUCCUGCUGUGUUUACUAGUGUGGCUUCCUGUGCACUUCAUUGAUAUCCUGCUGUGUUUACUAGUGUGGCUUCCUGUGCACUUCAUUGAUAUCCUGCUGUGUUUACUAGUGUGGCUUCCUGUGCACUUCAUUGAUAUCCUGCUGUGUUUACUAGUGUGGCUUCCUGUGCACUUCAUUGAUAUCCUACUGUGUUUACUAGUGUGGCUUCCUGUGCACUUCAUUGAUAUCCUGCUGUGUUUACUAGUGUGGCUUCCUGUGCACUUCAUUGAUAUCCUGCUGUGUUUACUAGUGUGGCUUCCUGUGCACUUCAUUGAUAUCCUGCUGUGUUUACUAGUGUGGCUUCCUGUGCACUUGCUCUUAUGGAGAUGUACUGAGCAACACUAACCUAUCCUCCCAUCCAAUCAUCUUGCUUAGUACUGCUGGUGCCGGAUUGGUUUGAAGAAUCGCAUUUUAGGGUUCUUAUUUCUCCAAUUGCUUUUUGUUACUGACGGAACCUUUUUUUAUAUUGUUACACUAGCCUGGGUGCCGGUCUGUUAGCCUGGGUGCCGGUCUGUUUCUGCUGUCUUACCUACUCCUUAUGGAUUUGUCAUGCCAUCUUUGAUUUGGCAAUGGAGUUGGUAAACAGAUCAGGGACCAGGCUGUAGGAGACCACAGAUCUGGGACCAGGCAUAAAUGUAUUAAUCUGUAAAAGAAAAGGGUUCAUAUUGAAACAAAAAUGAUUGAAUUCUUUGAAUUGCUUUGGAAAAUGAGGGAUUUUUUUUAUUUUGUACAUUUUAUCUAUGGUGGUAAAUACUAAACAAUCAUUUCCAUGCCCAGAGAGGGCUGUCUUAUGAAGUGGUGUUUUGAUAAUUGAAUGGAUUUCUAAAUCAUUCCAACUGUGAAUUACUUAGUUUUUUUUCUUACCGAGCAUCACUUUUUUUUUUUUUACGUUUGCAAUAAUUACAUUAAAUAAGUCCUACUUUCCAAAAUC